GCUAGAUCCAAACCAAACCAAAUGCCGCCGGGUUCAUAACGCGCAUCUUUUAUUUAUUAUAAACUGUUGAAAACAUCCUUUUUACAGUUUAAUAAAGUAUUUCAGCACUCAAAAUGAAGUUGACUGUCGAUGGUUUGUUGGUGUAUUUCCCUUACGAUUACAUUUAUCCAGAGCAAUAUGCGUAUAUGUUGGAGUUAAAAAGGGCACUGGAUGCUAAAGGCCAUGGUCUUCUUGAAAUGCCUUCAGGGACUGGAAAGACAAUUUCGUUGUUGUCUCUGAUUGUUGCGUAUAUGAUUCAAAAUCCACAUCAUGUCAGGAAACUGAUCUAUUGCUCCCGAACUGUUCCCGAGAUAGAGAAGGUUCUAGAAGAGCUGAAGAAUCUGAUAAACUACUACGAACAGCAGCAGGGAGAGAAGCCCAGCCUGGUCGGAGUGGUGCUCAGCUCUCGAAAGAACCUGUGCAUACAUCCAGAUGUGUCAAGAGAAAGAGAGGGCAAACUUGUAGACGGCAAGUGUCACUCUCUGACCGCCAGUUACAUACGGGACAGGCAUGAGAGGAAUCCAGAAGUACCUAUAUGCCAGUUCUAUGAAGGCUUCAACCGAGAGGGCAAGGAGUCUAUGCUACCCUAUGGAGUGUACACCAUGGAUGACCUGAAGCAAUAUGGCGCGGACCGGAACUGGUGCCCUUACUUCCUGUCACGAUUUGCUAUUAUUCAUGCGGAGAUCGUAGUAUACUCAUACCAUUACCUCCUGGACCCUAAGAUCGCAGAAGUGGUCUCCAAAGAGCUGAACAAAGAGGCCGUAGUGGUGUUCGACGAGGCCCAUAAUAUCGAUAACGUGUGUAUCGACUCGCUGAGCGUCAAGAUCACGCGGCGGACUAUCGACAAGAGUGUCACAGCACUACAGAACUUGGAGAAGGCAGUCGCUCAGAUCCGGGAAGAAGACGCAGCGCGUCUUACAGAGGAGUAUGAACAGAUGGUGACCGGUCUACGCGAGGCGGCCGAGCAGCGAGACGCCGACGCCAUCUUGGGAAACCCGAUCUUGCCAGACGAGGUGUUGAACGAGGUGGUCCCCGGCAACAUUCGAAACGCAGAACACUUCCUAGGCUUCCUGAAACGGUUCAUAGAAUACCUGAAGACUCGGCUACGCAUCCAGCAUGUCGUGCAAGAAUCUCCUGCAGGUUUCCUAAAAGACGUGGCCGCCCGCGUGUGUAUCGAGCGCAAGCCGCUUCGCUUCUGCGCGUCCCGUCUCUCCUCCCUCAUGCGAACACUGGAAAUACCAGACCCGGGGCAGUUAGGGGCACUCACACUGGUGGCGCAUCUGGCUACUCUAGUAUCCACGUACACGAAAGGCUUUGUAGUUAUUAUAGAGCCUUUUGAUGACAAAACGCCGACCGUGUCGAACCCUAUACUGCAUUUCUCGUGUAUGGACUCGUCAAUAGCCAUGAGGCCGGUGUUCGCCAGAUUCCAAACAGUCAUCAUAACCUCAGGGACCUUAUCGCCAUUGGACAUGUACCCGAAGAUCCUGGACUUCAACCCGGUCGUCAUGAGCUCUUUCACCAUGACACUUGCGCGGCCCUGUAUACUGCCUAUGAUUGUUUCAAAAGGCAGCGAUCAGGUGACGAUAUCGUCCAAAUACGAGACGAGAGAAGAUGUCGCAGUCAUCAGAAACUACGGGCAGCUACUAGUUGAGAUAGCAGCAAACGUCCCGGAUGGAGUGGUGUGUUUCUUCACCUCGUACCUGUAUCUCGAGAGCGUCGUUGGCGCUUGGUAUGACCAAGGAGUUGUGGCUAACUUACAAAGGCAUAAGCUACUGUUUAUUGAAACACAAGACUCAGCGGAAACGAGCUUUGCACUCUUCAAUUAUAUAAAGGCCUGUGAGAGCGGAAGAGGAGCUGUGUUGCUGUCCGUGGCGCGAGGCAAGGUGUCAGAAGGCGUGGAUUUCGACCACCACCUCGGGCGCGCCGUGCUUAUGUUCGGCAUUCCGUACGUGUUCACGCAGAGCCGCAUACUGAAGGCUCGCCUGGAGUACCUGCGCGACCAGUUUCAGAUCCGUGAAAACGAUUUCCUAACGUUCGACGCGAUGAGGCACGCGGCGCAGUGCGUCGGCAGGGCUCUUCGCGGUAAGACUGACUACGGUAUCAUGGUGUUCGCCGACAAGCGCUUCAGCCGCGCCGACAAACGCACCAAGCUGCCGCGCUGGAUACAGGAGCAUCUCAAGGACUCGCUCUGCAACUUGAGUACAGAAGAAGCAAUACAGAUCUGCAAACGAUGGUUACGUCAGAUGGCGCAGCCGUUCACGCGCGAGGAUCAGCUCGGCGUGUCGCUACUGACAUUACAGCAGCUACAGUCGCGAGAACAGCAAGAUAAGAUCGAAAAACAGGUCAUAUUGCAUUGACCUCAUAUCAAACAAGGCAAAUUGUCGCCAAAGUCGGACAUGAAAACUAUACUCAGUCCUGUCUUCGUCACUAAAGAGAUGAGUGACCAUUUUACAGUUCUACGAUGUGAUCUGCGUGAAAUUGAUUUGUCAGUGAACGCUGUAAAUAGUUUAACGUUAUUUUUAAGUAAUUUGUUAACGUAAUAUAAGUUAAAUGAAAAAAUAUUGUAUUUUUUUCUAAAAUCACA